AUGUCCGACCCACCUACACCUUUAACACUCCCUAUCAACCUUCCAUACCCAAUCAUCAUCACUCGUGUACAUAUAAAAACAGGUCAAGAGGUAUCGAGAGGGACAACAUUGUUGGAAUACGCUUUCACACCUUUUAAACUACGACAAUCAUCGAAUGACUUUUCUCUGGACUCAGAUAGGUUUGGUAUUCCCAGUGAGGAUGAAGAAGUUGAUAUUGGUGAACUUGGAAAUGGACCCGAAGGAUUUCAGAAUGGAAUUGGAACUGAGAUUGGUAAAGGACAUAAAUUGGAAUUGAAAGAAGGUGAUUUAAUAGGGAGUUGGGAAAGUUCAAUAGAGGGGAAGAUUGAAAGUAUAGAAAAGUUUAUCAAAGUCGGGAUGAAGUUAGAAGAGAGAUAUAGAGGGAAAACAGCUUUACUGGUACAACAACCUUGUUCUCAUCCUGUACAAUUACAUGGAAUGUGUGGUGUAUGCGGGGCGGAUCUUCAAGUUGAAGAUUACCUUUCUCCUUUUCAAGAAUCAGAAGCUGGACCUUCUAGAUAUCCUGGAGGUUAUGAAAUAGGACAUGAUGCUACUGGUGUGACUGUCAAUACAACUGAAGCUAAACGUCUGGACGAAAUCACUCGACUGGAUCUUCUUUCACAACGUAAAUUAAGUCUCAUCGUUGAUCUUGAUCAAACUAUCAUACAUACCACGGUUGAUCCUACGGUUGAAGAAUGGCUUAUCGCUCUUCGUUCGGAACCAUCUUUCCAUUCUUCUCAACAAAACUCGCAAGAAGGUCAAAGAACUGUCAGAUCAACAACCCCAAUAAACACACCUGAUACUGUCUCUCCCAGUUCCCCCAAUGUGGAAAGUAAGGAUGGAGAGGAACGGUUGGAACGGCUAGAACGGACCGAAACCCAAUCUUCCAUCCCAUCAAGAUCGACAAAUUCAUCUUGGACAGACGAGGAGAAUCCGAAUGCUGAAGCUUUGAGAGAUGUGGUGAUGUUUAGUUUUGAAGAUGAGUUGGAUUUCGGUACGGCUGGACGAGAUAGAAGGUAUAGACCUAGACCUAGGAGAUACUUUACCAAGCCUAGACCCGGUCUUGCAAAGUUUUUAGAGGAGAUGAACAAGUUGUACGAAAUGCAUGUGUACACCAUGGGUACACGUACUUACGCAGAGGCUAUCGUGGGUAUUGUCGAUCCUGAGGGUAAAUAUUUCGGCGGGAGGAUUUUAAGUAGGGAUGAUAGUCGUAAUUUCACAACCAAAAACCUUAAACGUCUCUUUCCAACCGAUACCAGUAUGGUAGUCGUCAUUGAUGAUCGUGCGGAUGUUUGGGGUGAUUGUCCUAAUCUGGUCAAAGUUAGACCAUAUGAUUUUUUCUUGGGUAUAGGUGAUAUAAAUUCUGCUUUUUUACCACCUGUUUCCCAUGAUUCUCCUACUUCCCCUUCUUCUCCUACAUCCUCUACUUUACCUACACUUCCUAUUCCUCCUAAACCUACAUCUCUACACACUUUAGCGACGGGAGAAGAAGUUUCUCAGGAAGAAGAAUUGUUAUUACAACAGAAAAUGUUGGAUGAAGUUUCUGAAGAAAGACCUUUGGCGAAAUUACAAGAGAAAUUAGAAGAUGCUUCGGUAAUGACGGAUGAUCCUGACGAUUCAAAAGCUGGUUCAGAAGGUGUGAAGAAGCUACAUUUGCAGAAUGAGGCCCGGACAAAUAGUGCGGGCCAAUUUAUAAAGGGGGAAUUGGGAAGAGAAAUGUGGGAGGAAGAGAAAAUGAUAAGAAUAAAAGAAGAUAAUGAUGAUGAAUCUUCGGGAGAAAAGUUGGUUACAAGAGAAUUUAAAAGAAAACCAACUUCAACACAUGCUUUACCUAAAGUAUUAUUAUUGGAUCCGAAUGAUGAUGAGUUGGAUAGGGUCGAAAAGCUUCUACGACGAAUACACCGAAAGUUCUACAACGCUUAUGAUCGUCGAUUGUCAGAUGUUGAUAUUCCUUUGGCUUGCGAUUGCGAGCUCAUCAUUCCCGAGAUCAAAGCGCAGGUCUUUGACGGAUGUUAUUUCGUUUUCUCGGGUAUCAUAGCAAGAGAUGUGGAACCGGAAACAACGUCGCAUUGGCAAUGGGCAGAAAUGUUCGGUGCAAGAUGUCAACCCACCUUAACUCGAAAGACGACCCAUUGUAUAACCACCAACGCCGGGACAGAAAAAGUUUAUCAAGCAUCCAAACUACCAGGAUGUAAGAUUGUUUGGGUACAAUGGUUUUAUCAAUCAUUAUCAUUAUGGGAACGUCAACCAGAAGAUGAAUUCUCUGUUGAAUCUUUACCUUCUUCUUGGGGUAAAUCUUCAGUCCGUCGAGUUUCUACUGAAGGAGGACACACAUCUUCAGCUUCUCGAGUUUCUACUGAAGGAGAAGAGACAUUUUCAGCUUCUCGGAUCUCCCCUGAAGGAGAAGUGACAUCUUCAGGUAUACUAUCAAGAGAAGGUUCGUCAAAGUUGAAAGCUGGUCAAGAUGAGGAAAUACCAUUGCUAGAAGAAGAAAAUGAAUUCUCUGGGGAAUUAUGGCCAGAAGGUGAAACGGAUGAAAUGGACGUUUUGGAGAAAGAAGGUGUUGGAAUGGGUGAUGGUUGGGAUGAAGCUGCUUUGAAAGAAUUAGAAGAUUUCGCUAUGGAUGAUGAGUCAGAGUUUGAGUGGGAGAAGGAUGAUGGUUCUGCUACUCCUUCACCUGGUACUCCCGGUACACCGGGAACACCGGGGACACCGGGAACACCAGGGAAAAAACGUGUACGAUAUGCGGAUGAAGAGGAUUUACCUUUGGAGAAUAUCAGGGAUCUUCCUUUUGAUGAAAGCUUGCGGAAAGUUUAG